AAACAACAACACCGCGAGAGAAAAUGGUUUAAAGUUAACACUGUUUAAAACAAUGAUCUAACGUUCUAAAAACAAGAUCUAUGGUGGUAAAUAUGGAGAGGAUUUUGUUGGCUGGAUAUUUGCUUGUCGGUCUGCUACUUUCUGGUGGCUAUGCAAACCCCCUUGAGGUUAAACUCCGCGUCCGGCGCGGGGAUAGUGUUAUACUGCCAUGCCGCCUGUCUUCAGAUUUGGAACCUGACAUGGUCUCGGUACGCUGGAAUUCAUCCAAGGACUCUCUCCUCACUUCCGGUACACGUGUCCUCAAAUACGCGAACCAAAUUGAGGUUGUCAAAACGUCCAAACUUGAAUGGAAUCUUCUGAUUAAGUCGGUCAAGGACACAUUCGGGGCGAAUUACACGUGCACGACAGACCAACAAGUGGUGCUGUCCAACGUACAACUUCUGAUCUUGGUGGAUCCGAAAAUCGACUGUGGCGGUACAAACUCAUCGGAUGUGAGCGUCGAUGAAGGCGGCACUGUGCACCUUUCCUGCGCAUUUACUGGCGAACCUGUAGCGAACAUUACGUGGUUUAGGGGUGACUACAAAAAGCCUAUCGGCAUCACGGGCAGCAAACUUGUUCUACCUAACAUCACGCGUCACGCUACCGACGUCUACACGUGUCGUGGAGAGAAUUCCGUAAGUUCCGAGGAUUAUACAAUCAAUCUUAUAGUUAAGUUUCCUGUUGAGGUUGACGUCAUGGAAAAGACCCUUUACGUUAAAAAGGGAGGUGUUUCUACGUUAGCGUGUAUCGCGCAAGGGGAGCCGUUAGACGAAACAUACUGGAUUGACGUUCAUGGGAACAAAGUGAUGUCUACAACAUGGCAAUAUGACUUUAACAUAGAGCCGGCAGGUGCACAUAUACCGGCUAAGUUUGUCACCUUGGCUACACGCAAGGGUACACUGACCGUUUUCGACUUUGGACCGUACACGUGCGAGGCGAAUGGAGAUGGGCGCGUUGCCAAUGCAAUUGUGAAUGUCGUUGAACUUAAGGAACCUAACUAAAUCAACGCCAACGGAUCAAAUGUCCCUGAUACGAAGUACGACAAAAUAAAUCGAAAAUCAUUACGCCUUCGAAAUAAAGCAGAAAUAAAGCAGAACAAACUUUGACUGGGAACUUGUGAAAGAUACCGACUUGAUAUGGCCGAUGUAUGAAAUAUUUUUAUAAACCAGUAGAAGUAUUGGCGUUAAUGUUAGAUUUUGAUGCAUGGCACCAAUUUCUCGAAACUUUUAAAGUCUUAUAUAACAGGAUUAAGCUAAUUUCACUAUUCUUGGUUUUCUAUGAAUUGUGUUCUAUUUAUUUCAAUCUUUAAUAGUUUUUAGACUUUACGGUGGAUUUAUUUUUUAUAAAAAUCACAAUUAACCAUUUUUCUUUGAUCAAAAUCAAAUAUAAGUAUGUAUUUUGGCUUAUUUAAAUCAGAUUCUGAAGCCUGUUAACCUUAAAAAGUUUUGAAAAAUUGGGGCCUGGUCGAAAAGGUAUUGCUUUCUGAUUACUCAUAAGUUAAGGAAAUGAACGAAAAUACAGAUCUUGCAGUUUGAACUCUGCUUCUUUAUUUCAACUGUGUGUAUUUAAAGUAAAUCUAGAAAUAAGUGCUUAUCAAUUCAUCUCAUGUCUUACUAAGAUGAUAAUUAAUCCUCCAUUUCUUAAUUAUGCAAGUUAUUUAGAUUCCUUGUUUCAAUUUAUUUUUUAUACCAGGAUUAGCAUUCAUUCGUGGUUUUUAUCGUGUAAAUAUAAUGUAUAUCAUGAUUUAAGUACAUAACUCCAUGUUGUAUGUGUAUUAUUCGUUUGUUGUUAUAGCAAUAUGCUGUUACGAUAGUUUCGUUAAACUCAUACUUUGAGUGGAAAUGAAUUAUAUUGUGUGUUUAUUAUCAUGAAAUGAAUAAAUGUUGCAUUGAUGAGACUUAAAAAAUAAUGAUGCGUCCCGGAAGAAGCCAUGAGAAGGCGAGCGAAAACGGCUUCAAAUCACACGUA